AUGUCACUCGGCUAUGGCCAACAUCUCAUUGAUGGAUUAUACUCAAUGUCAAAGCUGAUGGUGGUGUUGAUUUUGUCCCCCCUGGUGCUUUAUACAAUAUAUCUCGUCAAUCGAUAUCUCAGCAGUCGCGCAUUGAAUAAUGGUGUCACCGCUAGCUUCGACUGGUCAAAAGAGAUUGUGCUCGUCACGGGAGGCUCGGAUGGCAUCGGGGCCGCAAGUGUCCAAAAGUUGGCCAAACGCGGGACAACUGUCGUCGUGCUGGACAUUCGCCCCUUGCAGUACGAUGCGCCCAAGAAUGUGCAUUACUAUCGCUGUGACUUGACUAAGGAAUCAGAGCUGCAAGCGGUGGCUGAGCGUCUUCGUGGCGAGAUCGGAGAUCCCACGUGUGUGGUUGCCAACGCAGGUCUCUGUCGCGGCAAGCCUUUGCUGCAUGCUACGCCACGAGACAUUGAAUUAACAUUCGCAGUUAAUAACCUGGCUUUGAUAUGGACGGCAAAGACGUUUCUGCCCUCCAUGGUCAAGAACAACCACGGCCAUUUCUUGAUCAUGGCCUCGCAAACAGCUCACCUUGCCACUGCCGGGAUUGUAGACUAUGCAGCGACCAAGUCCGCUGCACUUGCAAUCUACGAAGGCCUCCAAACUGAAUUGCGACAUGUCUACAAGGCACCUGCGGUACGGAUGUCAUGUCUUUCGCCUUCGGCGGUCAAGACUAAGAUGUUCGAAGGAAUUCAGAUGCCUGCCUCUGUAACGCUCUUGAAACCUUCUGAUAUCGCCGAGGUUGUUGCUGAGACUCUGUGGAGUGGAAAGGCGCAGAAUAGAAUGACUCCCAGCUUGGCUUAUAUCUCGCCUCCCACACGGGCGCUGCCGGAUUGGAUGAGAGUUGGGUUCCAAGAUCUUGGUAAAGACGCCAUGUCUGCUCUUUCACCCCAUCACCCGAUGGAUGAGGCGCAGUAA